UUUUCAAGGUGUAGAAGAGAAGCAACACGUAGAAAGAUUUUGCAUUAUCAUAGUUCAUCCUUGCAUAUAUACGUACACACUCCACUUCCUGACUCACUCAUACCCUCCAACCAUGUCCAUCAAGGAAUGCGGGCACCACGAGGCGGAGCGCCGGCACGUGCUGCGGCUGAUUCUGAUCGGCGGCACCUCCUUCCUGGUGGUGAUCCUCCUGACGAUCCUCCUCAUCUUCCUGAUCCUCAGGCCCACGAAGCCCCACGUCAUCCUCCAAGACGCGACCCUCUACAGCUUCAACCUCUCCAGUGCCACGCCCAACACGCUCUCCCUCACCAUGCAAGUGACCCUCUCCAGCCACAACCCCAACGCCCGCAUCGGCGUCUACUACCAACACCUCCGCCUCCACGCCGCCUACCGGAGCCAGCAGAUCUCCCUCCCCACCGCCCUCCCCGACGCCUACCAGGGCCACCACGACUUCACCCUCUGGUCCCCCUUCCUCUACGCCGCCGCCGUCCCCGUCGCGCCCUUCCUCCUCGAAGCCCUCCGCCAGGACCAGCGCGCCGCCGCCCUCAUGCUCAACGUCAGGCUCACCGGCGCCCUCAAGUGGAAGGUCGGCUCUUGGGUCUCCGGACGCUACCAUCUUUAUGUUAACUGCCCCGCCUUCAUCAGCCUCGACGGAGACCGCGCCACCGCCGUCGGGGUCGUGGCUGCGCCGCUCAAGCUUCAGCUCUUGCAGAGUUGCAGUGUCGAUGUCUAGGUUUUGCUCCUCUUGCUAGCUCCAUCGUGCUUCUCUUCUUCGCAACUCUUUUGUCUUUUUUUUCUUUUCUUUUCUUCUGUUGUUAGUUUUGUAUUUAAUAGUAUUUUUUAGGGGAGUUUAAUUGGAUGAUUAACUUUUAUGUCAAUUUGUUAUUCUAGGGGAAUUUUCAUUUAUUAUUGUCGAAAAUAUUAUUAUAUGGUCUA